AUGGACAUGAGGAGAAGCUCGUUUGAAGAUGAGUUGAGAUUAAAGUCUAAAGAAUUGGGUAAGAAAAGAGAUGAUUCUUACACUGGUUUGCCCGUAAUUACUUGUGUCUAUGUGGAUUUGAAUGUUACUGAUGUUACAAGUAUGAAUCCUCGAUUACCGUCACUCGACGCGGAUGCAAGGUUGAUUUCUCUGGGAAAUGACACGCCGUGUUUGAGCAUUCAUGGAUGUGUGGCAAAGCUUUUCAUUUUAGCGUUGAAUUGUCACGACAACAAUGUGGCGGGGGUGCCCGCCAUAUCUUAUAUCCAACACGGUUUUAUACCGUCACCACCACCUCCUCCUUAUUUCUACAAGUCUCCACCACCACCACCUUACAAGUAUGAGUCACCACCGCCUCCUCCAUAUCUUUACAAAUCCCCACCACCACCUCCUUAUAAAUAUGAGUCACCCCCACCUCCACCCUACAAAUAUGAGUCGCCGCCACCUCCUCCAUAUGUUUACAAGUCUCCUCCACCACCGCCUUACAAGUAUGAAUCACCUCCGCCUCCACCUUACAAAUAUGAGUCACCUCCACCACCUCCUUACAAAUAUGAAUCACCACCACCUCCUCCCUAUGUCUACAAAUCCCCACCACCACCACCGUACAAAUACGAGUCUCCUCCACCUCCACCGUACAUUUACAAAUCUCCACCGCCACCUCCUUAUAAAUACGAAUCACCACCACCCCCUCCAUAUAUCUACAAAUCUCCACCACCACCCCCUUAUAAAUACGAAUCACCUCCACCUCCACCUUACAAAUACGAGUCACCACCACCUCCACCUUACCUGUACAAGUCUCCACCACCACCUCCCUAUAAGUAUGAGUCACCCCCACCCCCACCUUACAAAUACAAGUCACCACCACCUCCUCUAUAUGUUUACAUGUCACCACCACCACCAGCAUAUCUUUACACAUCACCACCUCCACCAUAUCACUACUAAUCACCCCACCCUAUACACACCAUCUGAUUAUUUAUCCACAAACCAUCAAGAUUGCAUUAAAUAAACCCUAGUUCUUUGUUUGUUCACUUCAUCAUAAGUAUUGUUAAAAAAUAAGUUCUUUACUCUCUUCUAUUACCCAUAAUGCUCAGCAUCUUGCCAAGAAGGAGUUGCGGACCAAAAAAGAGUCAAAUGAUCCAUGCAUGCCAAUUUCUCUCUUUGAUCUUCAAUGUAUUUUAUGUUUCUUCAUGUACUUUAUAUAUUAAUGGAAAGUUAAUUAUUUUGAACGAUA